AUGGCAACUCCGAGAGUCCACGAAGGCAAGCUUGCCAUUGUCACUGGCGCCGCGCGAAGUAUCGGCGCCGCCAUCGCCACCAACCUGGCAGAGAAGGGGGCCAAUGUCCUCAUCGGCCACCUGACGGAGGCGUCCGACAAGCCGGCGGCCGAGCUCGCGCAGGAGCUGGCCUCGAAGCACAACGUCACCGCCGUGCCCUGCCGCGCCGACAUCAGCACCCCGGAGGGCGCAAAGGCCGUCAUCGACACGUGCAAGGAGAAAUUCCCGGCCAACCCCAGGACGGGGAAGCUGCAGGUUGAUAUCAUCAUCAACUCGGCGGCCGUCAUGCCCACGGGCCCCGUCGAGGGUGUGACUCCGGAAGAGUUCCAUAAGACAUACGCGACUAAUGUCCUGGGUCCCAUCCUGCUCGUCGGCCAGGCCAAGGCCUACCUCCCAACUGACCGCUCCGGUCGCAUCGUCAACGUCUCCAGCAUCGGGCAGAAGUGCGGCCUGCCCUACCUGACCCUGUACAGCGGCACCAAGGGCGCCCUCGAGGCCAUGACCAGGACCUGGGCCCGCGAGCUCGCCGAGCAGUGCACCGUCAACACCAUCAACCCCGGGUCGGUGCUGACCGACAUGUUCCGCAACUGCAGCGAGGACGUCCUCGCCGCCCAGGCCCUCUGGAGCCCCGUCAUCCCUCUGUCCGGCGCCCGCGAGUGGGACACGGACGAGGUCAAGGCCAUCGCCAAGAGGUGGGGAGGCAGGCCGGCGUAUGUUGAGGAGAUUGCCGGUAUUGUCGCCAUCGUCUGCAACCCUGAGUCUGGCUGGAUGACGGGCAGUGUUGUGUCUGCGAACGGCGGCCAGUGCUUCAGCACUUAG